AUGAGCAAAGAAUUAGAAUUAAAGGAGUACACAGGGUAUGAUUAUAUAUUUGUAGAAAUAAUAGCCAAGAAGCAAAAUGUUCCCCCAGUGCUCCAGCAAUCAGACGUUUAUUGGCUGUGCAAAUGUACAGUCACACGGUCUUCACUCGCUGCAGAACAUUGCUUCCCGCUCAGUGCUUCCCGUUGCGCUGUUGGGCUUAUAACGAAUACCCCUAUCAGGUCAUGGGUGGUGGCCCGGCCGGCGUGGUAUUGCAAGGUGGCGGGUGGGCAGGAAGGGUCUGUUGUGACUGCUGCGGCUUUGGCGGCUGGUGAAGGUGUGCGGAGUAGUGGGGAUGGAGAUGAGGAAGGAAAAGGUGAAAAGAGUGAAAAGGGUGCGGAGGAAAAGGCCGCGAGGUUGAGUAGGAGGCAGAAGGGGACAGGUGGUGAUAUGGAGGGGAAUGCUGAUCUGUUGAUAAUUCCCGGUGUAGGGCCGAAGAAUUUGAGGAAAUUAGUGGAGAAAGGGUUUACAGGAAUGGCUGAGCUUAAGCAGUUUUAUAAGGAUAAGUUUCUUGGAAAAUCCAGCAAGACAAUGGUCGAGUAUUUACAGAGUUCUGUGGGAAUUAUUCACAAAAAUCAUGCUGAGAGCAUAACAACUUUCAUCAAAGAGAGUGUGGAUGAAGAGUUAAAGGAUUUGAAUUCUGAUGCAAGGUCCAAAACUAAGAAGCGACUCACGUUUUGUGUUGAGGGAAAUAUCAGUGUUGGAAAGACAACAUUUCUUAAGAGAAUAGUUAGUGAUACAAUUGAGCUACGAGAUCUUGUUGAGGUGGUGCCUGAACCCAUUGAUAAGUGGCAGGAUGUUGGCCCUGACCACUUUAAUAUACUUGAUGCUUUCUAUGCUGACCCGUCAAGGUAUGCCUAUACCUUCCAGAAUUAUGUCUUUGUGACAAGGGUUAUGCAGGAAAGAGAAUCAUCUGGUGGGCUGAAGCCGCUCAGGUUGAUGGAAAGAAGUGUUUUCAGCGACAGAAUGGUCUUUGUACGAGCUGUGCAUGAGGCAAAGUGGAUGAAUGAGAUGGAAAUCAGCAUUUAUGACUCCUGGUUUGAUCCGGUUGUCUCAGUUUUGCCUGGGCUUAUUCCUGAUGCUUUCAUCUACCUUAGAGCAAGCCCUGAUACUUGUCACAAGAGAAUGAUGCAUAGGAAAAGAACUGAGGAAGGUGGAGUCAGCCUAGAUUAUCUUCGUGACUUGCAUGACAAGCAUGAGAGCUGGCUUUUCCCAUUUGAAAGUGGUAAUCAUGGGGUACUUUCUGUGAGUAAGCUACCUUUAAAUUUGGAUAAUGCCCUACAUCCUGAUAUAAGAGACAGGGUGUUCUAUUUGGAAGGUGAUCAUAUGCACUCAAGUAUUCAAAAGGUCCCUGCUUUGAUUCUUGACUGUGAAGCCAACAUUGACUUCAGCAGGGAUGUUGAAGCCAAGGAGAACUAUGCGCGCCAAGUUGCAGAGUUUUUCAAACAUGUGAAGAAAAUGAAGGAAGUUCCAUCUACAAAGGGUGAUGGUGGUGUUAACCAGCGAAAGGUCGUCCUACCUCAUGAAGGAGGAUUGCUUUUACCAAACGGAGCGCACUUCCCCGAGUCUGCUCUCAAAUCCUUAGAUUUUACUCGGGCAAUGUCAUUCAUGUCUGGCCAGUGAUUGUCUGCCUGGCCUUGGUUUUCUUGACCCCAGGAUCACUUAAAGAGGAACCUGCGUGUUUGUCUGACAUGUCUCUGGAUGAUGUGACUAGUUUCUGUGUGGAUGUAAAAAUGGUUUUAACCCUUAGGAUUUAGAGAUGUAGAGAUGGUUGUAUGAUUGUUGAAUGCUUUGAUAAUCCAAUGUUUGGUUGGUUGCUUUAGGCUUGAAGCUU